AUGGAUGAAGCAAUGGUGUGGAAAUAGAAGAAAUUGACUGCAGGAAUGGUUAUUGCAGGCAAAUAUAAAUUAUUAGAGAAGAUAGGUGCAGGUUCAUUCGGAAUGGUGUUUAAGUCUUAGUAUUUAAAAAAUGGAGAUUUAGUAGCAGCAAAAUUCGAAAAACGAGACGAUUCCCAAAAAGGAGUCAGUCUACUCAUCAGAGAAAUUAAGGUUCUGUCGGAAAUUAAUGGAUUAAAAGGUUAGAUUAACUAUUAAACUAUAAAAAGGGUUUCCACAAAUCAAGUUUUAUGGAAGGGAUGAAAACUAUAAUUUCUUUAUGGAAACCUACUUAGGGUUGAAUUUGGAAUAAUUAUUAAGGAAGUGUGGUAAUAGAUUCUCAAUUCAUACUACAUUGAGAAUAGGCAUUUAGAUCAUCGAAAGAUUGUAUGUAUCUUGAUUGAUAUAGUUAGGUAAGCCUUUCAUGAGAAGAAUUUCAUACAUCGUGAUAUUAAGCCAGAAAAUUUCACUAUCAGCAGACAAGAUGCUACUUAAAUUAUGGCUAUUGAUUUUGGCCUUGCCAAGUACUAUAGAGACACAGCAGGCAAACACAUACCCUUUGUUAAUAACAAAGGCUUGAUUGGAACAGCCAGAUAUGCCAGCAUUAAUGCUUUAUUAGGUUUGUUUCUUAUUUGAAAAAGGUAAUGAGUAGAGUAGAAGAGACGAUAUAGAAGCCAUCGCAUAUGUACUAAUCUACUUUCAUCUUGGUGAAUUACCUUGGUAGAAUAUCCAGGUGGCUUCGAAGGAAGAAAAAUACAAACAGAUAUUAGUACUGAAGUAGAAUAACGAAUUGGAGAAAUAUUCUGACAAAAUUCCUAAAGUAAAACUUCAUUAAAUUAUAGUGCUUAAUGAAAAUGUUGUAAAUUGCUAAGUCUUAUGAAUUCAAUCAAACACCCGAUUACAUGGGUUUGACUAAGUUAUUACAGGAUGAGUUGACUACAGAUGCCAAAAUGGAUUGGGAGUCCUUAUUAGAAACUAAUAAUGAUAAAAUGAGUGUAUCAAUUGACAUGAUUGAAAAUGAUAAUUAAUUUGAUGAUCUACAGGAUGACAAACAAUAAGAAGUCAUUAAUUCCAUGAACAAAAUUGCUUAAUAAGAAACCAAAUUUAUUAAUGGUAGGUUAAAUAAUAGUCGAAAUCACAUCAUAUAUUUAGAAGUUCCAAAGAACAGCAUCGUUUUGAAUGAUGCACAAAGUCCUGCUGGAACUAUUAAAUCAUUUAAUACUUCCAAGGUUAAUCAUUAUGGUGGUAGUCACAUCAACUUAAACACAUAAAAAUAGUUUAGUGAUCUGAGAGUUAAGUCAUGUGAAAACUUUUAAUAUAAUGAUGAAGAUAAUUAUGAGGCCGAUUCUGAUGAUUAACCUUGCAUACUAUACUAAAAUUUAGUUAUUGGUCGUUCUUCUUCUAAAAUGUGA